CCUCUCCCUCCCUCAGUAGGCGCGCGCCUUCUCCCCGCCUCCCAUUCUGUGUCGAGCGCGCGCCGACGGCCUUUUCCGUUUUUAAGGCACUUCCGGUGGUGUCCCGCCGUGCUCCGCGCGGCCGGUAACAGGAAGCAGUACGAUGUCUGGCUGGGAGCGGGAGGCCACGCGGGCCGGGUCCGGAGACGGGCGGAUCUAUGUGGGUAACCUGCCCGCCGACGUGCGGGAGAAGGAGCUGGAGGACCUGUUUCACCGCUAUGGCCGGAUCCGGAGCGUCGAACUGAAAAACCGCGGAGGGAGCAGCGCCGCACCGUUCGCCUUCAUCAGUUUCCUGGACCCCCGGUGAGGGAAAGACUCUGGGAGCUAAUGGGAGAUGUGUGGAGACGGGAGGGGGCCCGGUGGGAAUUUGGACAAAGGGGAUGGAGAAGGCGGAUUGUGACUGGGAGGACUAGGGGAGCGAUUGGGAUAAAUAUGGAAACUCUGGAUGGUGUGACCGGAUACCGGAGCGUGAAAUGGAGGAGCGGAGGCAGGCUUGGAGGUCACUAGCUUUAUAUAUUCAUUUGAACAGAGUUGUCUUCGCUUUCUGGUGGCCUUGAAUCCUAAUAAUCCGGAGAAUGAACCCUUAUACAGGAGCCUAUUGGAGCCUCGAGGGUCAGUGUUAGAGGGGGACUGGGGGGAGAUUAGAAUCAUUACCUUCCAUGGUGGAACGCUGUGUGCAAGGCUGGAUCUGUACACUGGGGGCAGUGAAUGCGGGGGAUCUCUCUCUCUCUGUAAGUCAUUGGGUACACUGAUAUUGCAUACAGCUUGAGUGGGAGUCUGGGGGUGGGUAAAGAAAACGUGAGUUUGUACGUUAACGAGCACUUGAAUGUGUCCAGGAUUAGUCUGUGCUGUAGGCGAUGUUGAGUGUGGGUACAAGGCACACACGCACUUGUAUGGAGAGUAAAAGGGAAUACAUGUGCAGCCUGGGUGGUGUACGAGAACAGGGUGUGGGUUAGAGUUGUUGGCCUGUGUUUAGGGGCACUGUGUGUGUGCACAUCUUGAAUGAGUUAUUGCUCACGUACAGUGUGAAUAAGGGAAUGUGCUGUGAGUAGGCACACCCUGUGCACUUGUUUUGUGGUGUGCAGUCUAAAUAAACGGUGUGGGUGGCAAUCAGGUAGGUUUGUGCACACUAGCUACGUCUUUAACUCCAUCCAUGAAAUGCCAGUGUUUUGAAUGGGUUAAUGUGUGUAAACAGAGAUGAGGUUCGUAUGAUGUGAAUGGCUGUUGCUUUCUUUAUCAUCUUUGGACAUGGAUGACUCUUAAUUAACAUGUGUUGGUUUUUACUUUGCAUUGUUUCCACAACUUAUUCCUCUUCAAGGGAUGCAGAAGAUGCUGUAUUUGGACGGAAUGGAUAUGAUUUUGGCUCCAGUCGACUGAGGGUGGAGUUCCCACGUUCGUUCCGGGGCUCUGGUGGUGGUGGUGGAGGAGGUGGUGGUGGCGGCGGAGGAGGAGGAUAUGGAGGGCCUCGUGGAAGAAAUGGACCUCCUUCUCGUAGGUCUGAAUAUAGAGUCCUUGUCUCAGGUAAUUUGUGGUGGUUAUUCCAUUACUUAUAAAUACUGUAAAAUGGACAUCUGCGUCUGAUAAAUCAAUGUUAUGUAAUGGUUUCUGUAUCAUUCUGUCUCGAAUCCCCAGUUUAUUGGGUUUUUGUGUACAUGCACCUAUUAUCCAGCUCAAAUGCACUGACACUUUGUGAAUUGCCAUUUUGUUACAGAUAAAUUGUUAUAUUUUAAAGGGGCACUAUGGUCAUGAACAACUACAGCUUAAUGUAGUUGUACUUGUGCGUAUAGUCGGUCCCUGCAGGCGUUGACAUAUAAACGCUGCCUUUUCAGACGGCUACUAAAGUGAUUCCUUUUAUGUUUUGUAUUCCUCCCUCUCUCUAGUGCUCCUUUAAUUAUUUUUUUUAAAAGAAUGUAAUGGUUUUGGUGGUUUGAAUACACAUUUUGGCUGCUUUUUCCAGAGGAUUGUUCCCAAUGAUAUGACCAUCUAUUUUAUUUAUAGCAUGGAUCUCCCUCACAUGUAGAAUGAUUUAAUGACAUUUAAAAUUGUAUCUUGUCUCACAUGGGCAGGUUUUUCUCUUUUUAUAUUUGCAUAGGUGUUCUGUGUUUAGCAGAGCAAUACGUCUAAAGCACAUUGUUACAAGUUAGUCUAGUGACAUAACUGUCUGUAAAGUAUUAUUGAUAAGGUAGUAUAUCCACACUUCAUAUUAACAGUUGAUCUAAACCAGGGCUGUCCAACCUGCGGCCCCCCAGAUGUUUCUGAACUACAACUCCCAUGAUUCCCUGGCUCUUUCAUUGAAAGAAUCAUGGGAGUUGUAGUUCAGCAACAUCUGGGGGGCCGCAGGCUGGACAGGCCUGAUUUAAACAGUUAAGCUAACCCCACACCCCGUGCCAAAAUUGACUUUUGCAUCUUAUUUUCAUCCAAUCAGGUCUUCCUCCAUCGGGCAGCUGGCAGGAUCUGAAAGAUCACAUGCGAGAAGCUGGGGAUGUCUGUUAUGCUGAUGUACACAAAGAUGGAAUGGGAAUAGUUGAAUUCAUACGCAAAGAAGACAUGGAAUAUGCAUUGCGUAAACUGGAUGACACAAAAUUCCGGUCUCAUGAGGUAAGUAAUAUUACUGAGCUUUAUUAUUAUUAUUAUUAUUAUUAUUAUUAUUAUUAUUACGCUUUUAUCUAGAGAAUGGGUAUUAUUUGAUUAACACUCUAUUGUCAUGCAGGGUGAAACGUCUUACAUUAGAGUCUGCCCUGAAAGAAAUACCAGCUACUCGCGAUCCAGGUCCCGUUCAAGAGGGCGUGAUUCUCCCUAUCAAAGCCGCCGUUCUCCCCGCUACGCCUCUCCUUUCCGACCGUACUGAGCUGCCACAGGGACACUUUCUAUGAAUUUAUUCUUAAGGCCAUCUGCUCUUACAUUCCACAACUGAUGGAUUUCAUCAACUGUCUUUUAUACCAUUAUUUUCCCACUUAGAUUUUUCUUUUAAGCAGUGUGUAUUCUUGGCAUCAGAUGUAUUUUUGAGAUUUUGUUUUUAGUUUAGAGUAAGGAAAAUGUAUAUUCUAAGGCAGAAGAUAUGUGCCUAAUGUGGUGUCCUGUGCUUAAUUUUGCACAGUGAGUGAUAGUUAUACUGAGAUCAACAGUCCAGUGGAAUGUUAUGGCACUGGGACAAACAAGUGAAUAAAUGCUUGUCCUCUAACUACAUCUCCCCAUCUGUUAGAACAAUAUUAUUUCAAAUACCCUUUUAACCCAAUUCUCAAAUCAAGUUUGUAUGUAUUUUCCUUUUAUUACGAAAGUGUUUCAGUUAAAUAAACAAACCAUCUGUAGCUGUCCAAAUAAAUGGAAAUUUUGGUCCUUGGAUUUUAAUCAAGUCUUGUCAAACUUUGUCAAACAGGCACGGUCAAACUUUGUUUCCAGAGGAAUAUUACCUUUUAAAGAAGAGGGGAGAAACAGCAAAUGUCAUGUGUUUAAAAACGUACAACAUACAUGGUACUAACCCCUUCCCCAAUGAUAGAUUAAAAGACUGACUGACAAACAGAUUGCUAGUAACUUUGGGAUCACUGUUUACUUUUACAAUCUGAAAGGAUGGGACACUGGAGAUGUAUUUGCGGUUAUUCUCGAAAGUGUUAAUUCUCAGGAAUUCAAAGUGAAUUUCAAACGCUAGGCUACUGUAGACUAAUUGCAUACAAUAAAGUCUGCAACAACUUACACUGUUGUGAAUAACCCUGAAAGAGGACGGGGGACUGUUUGCUUGAAGAUCUUGUAUAAAUGUGGUUUUUGGACAUGUUGGAAUAUUGUGAUGAAUAGUAAGAGAUUUAACACUAAGUCAUAACUUUCAUGGAUUUAUGGCAUCUUGGCUUAUCACUCUGUAAAGUUAAGUCUUUAAAUACUACAUAUUUCC